UUCUCUGGGAAGUUUGUGAAAACUGAAAACUACCAUCCAAAUUUAUCACAACAUAUUAACAUCAACAGGAGUACAAGAUGGCAUCUUCACCUCCUGGUUGUCAUUUCGGUUUCGAUAUUUACUGUUUAUUCGUAACGAUUCUUGUGAUAGUAGCGGCCAGAGCCAUUAUUACUCCAGCAAGCGCGGUGGAGGAGUUUAAAGUCGGUGAUGUGGAUGGCUGGCGACAACCGGAUGCAAACCACACUGAAAUCUACAGCCUCUGGACUGCAAUGAAACGCUUUCAUGUCGGAGAUUCACUCCGUUUUGAGUACAAGAAUGAUUCGGUGCUGGUGGUGAAUAAAUGGGCAUACUACCACUGCAACAUCACGAAUGCAUCUUCCGUGUUUACUGACGGAAACACAACUAUUAAUCUCGAUAAUGCUGGCCCGCUCUAUUUCAUUAGCGGCGACGUUGAGCAUUGUGAAAAUGGACAGCGUCUCGCAGUUGUAGUGUUGCCUCUGCACCCGCAUAUUCACAAGUCUCCUCCACCACUGGUGGCCGUGGACGAGGAUUCUCCGACAGCAUCUCCGGUUUCUACUUCCAGAGCAGACACGGACCAUGUUUAUGUUCCAAAGACAUUACCGUAUUCAGUCCUAGUUACUGCCACUCUGGUAUCUUUGUUAUGGCAUUCUACUUAGGCUUAGAAUUUAGAAGUGUGUAUAGUUGUAGGCUUGUAGCAAUGUUUUUCUCAAACACUUGUGAUUAAUCACAUGUUGUUUGUAACUCUGUUGAACUGUUGUUUCAUGUUGUAGA